AUGGCAGACCGGAGGGAAGGUCUUGAAGAUGCACCAACAUGGGCUGUAUCGGUAUUCGCUUUGUUUAUCUUCAUCUUGUCCUUCAUAAUCGACGAUGGUAUUCAUCGUCUAACGAAGUUUCUUAAAGGCAGGAGAAGAAAAUCCCUGAAUAGGGCUUUGAAGAAGUUCAAAACAGAAAUGAUGCAACUAGGUUUCAUAUCACUGCUUCUUACUCUGUCGGAAGUACCGAUAUCGAAUAUCUGUGUCUCUCAAGUUCUGGCCAUUUCUUUCCUUCCCUGUAAAUAUCCCCCGGACUCACCUAAUGUCUCAUCAGCCACACAACUUCCAGCUUCAAAUACCAGCUCUUCUAAGGAAGUCGCAACAAAAGAUUACUGUGAGGCAAAGGGGUUGGUUUCUCUAGUGUCAAGGGAAGGAAUCCUGCAGCUAAACAUCCUUAUAUCCGUCUUGGCAGUGUUUCAUGUUCUCUACUGCAUUUUAACUAUGUUUCUUGGGAUGGCCAAGAUGAGAAAAUGGAAUAAAUGGGAGGAAGAAACUCGGACAUUAAGUUAUCAGAUUCUCAAUGAUCCAAGGAGGUUCCAGCACACCAACCAAACUCCUUUUGUGAAACGACAUUUAAAGAUCUGGACUAAACACCCUUUGCUGCUAUGGCCUGUUUGUUUUGCUCGGCAGUUUGGUGGAUCAAUCUCAAAAGUAGAUUACAUGACUCUGCGAAAUGGGUUCAUUGCGGCCAACAUCAAAGAAGGUAGCAGUUUCAAUUUCCUGAACUUCCUCUCUAGAGCCUUUGAUGACGAUUUUGAGCAAGUGGUUGGAAUCAAGUUUUGGGUUUGGAUUUCUUCAAUUCUUUUCAUUCUUUUCAAUGCGCAUGUGUUCUACAACUAUUAUUGGUUACCAUUCAUUCCCUUACUGAUUGUUCUCCUCGUGGGAACAAAGCUGCAAGUUGUGAUAACUAAAAUGUGCGCGGAGAGUUGUAAGGAGAAUCCUGUGAUUCGAGGAAGCUUUGUGGUAAAACUCAACGAUGAUUUAUUCUGGUUUGGUAAACCUAAUUGGCUUCUUCAUCUCCUACAAUUUGUCCUAAUCCAGAACUCGUUUCAGCUGGCAUUCUUGACCUGGAGUUGGAUUGAAUAUGGCCACAAUUCAUGCUUCAAUCGAAGAACAAAAGAUGUUAUCAUAAAGAUCGCUAUGGGAAUUGUUGUGCAGUUGAUUUGUGGUUACGUAACCCUUCCUCUUUACGCAUUGGUUACCCAGAUGGGGUCUGGCAUGAAGAAAGCGGUAUUUACUGAGCUUGUAGUUGAUGGCCUAAAAAACUGGCACAAGAAUGCAAGACGAAGACUAUCGAAGAAUGGAUCCACUACUUCAAGGAAAUCAUCAAAUUCUGCACAAUUAUAUUCAACUGAUGAUGCCUCAGUUACAGACAGUGAAUGUAGCUACAAAAAUCCUAAACCUACCAUAGUGAGAAGCUCUUCUUCUACCUCCGAAAUAAUUCAAGAUCAAGUUCCACCUGGUUUAACUUCCUACACUGAAUGUAGCUAUAAAACUCCUAAGCCCACCAUAACAAGAAGUUCUUCUACCUCCGAAAUAAUUGAAGAGCAAGCUCCAACCGAUUUAACCACGAAGUCGGAAACAACAAGUUUACCAACUAGAGAAAUCACCAGAGAGGAAGAGAAUCCCAAUAUCAUGAACAAGGUACUCUAUGACGGUGAGAUCUCAUUUGGGAGCAGUUGGAAAUUAAAGCUGGAGAGCGUGAGCAAGAGAAUGAAGUGGGGAAAUCACUUCAAUAAUUGA